GGGAAUCACUGUUGGCACUGCAUCUCGAACUCAUUACCACCUUCGGCUUUCUCAUAUUGAGGAAUACCAUUAUUGAGAGACCACGAAUCAUACUACAGUUGCCCUUUCUUCGUGGAAAUGGUGUAUCGUGGCCGUCUGUCUAGUGCCUGCAAAUUAUGUAGAGCCAAGCGGCGAAAGUGCGAUGAAACGCGUCCGUCGUGCAGUCAAUGCACGAGAGCCGGUGCAGUUUGCUCGGAUUACCGAGACUUGAGUCUGCUGCAGGUUCACGACGAGACUGCUACGGUGGCUCAGAAGGCACAUACACGGAAACGUCUAUCGCAUCGUCUGGAUUCUGCACUCCAGCCGUGUUCGGUCAAUCCCACAGCUGAAGAUUCAAAAUCCGAGUCAUCCUAUGAUCGCCAAGAAUUCACAGCUAUCUCCCAAUUAUCUGAGGAAUUGGGUUCCUCAAUCACGAUAUCGUUAUCCAGUGAUAUAGAAGGUCUAGCUUUCAGCUUCUUUAUGAAUUCCCCCAUCGCUCUAAAUUCGUUCUCUUACUUACCGAAACACUGGAAAUCUCUGGAGCUGUGCGAUAACUUGCAUUCUUGCGUAAAGGCAGUGUCUUUAGCCAUGUUGUGCUUUGAGCUUAAACGUCCUGUAAUAUUAAGACUGGCAAAAAAAUAUUAUAUUGAGGGCCUAGCAAGCACCAACAGAGCUUUAACCUCAACACAAGAGGCUGUGUUGGACACGACACUACUUUCGGUCCUAUUGCUCAGUACAUUCGAGGCAGCAAUAUUUUGGGAGCAUCGCUCACCCACAGCGUGGACUGCUCAUGUCCAGGGAUCUUCGCUCCUUCUUCAGCUGAGGGGCAGACAACAGAUGCAGACAAGGCUCGGUCAGGAUUUGUUUGUACAUACAAGUACAAAUAUUCGACUGUCGUGCAUUCAGAACUCGCUUCCCAUUCCAUCAAAUUUUACUGUAUUGAAUGCGCUGGUAGCCAUCGACGCGAACCAAUGCAAUUUAAGCAGCCAAUUGGGUUUGUUGUGGGAUCGAUUUGUAAGUCUCAGAACAUGGGCAGAUGGUAAAGAAGACAUGGACGCCCUCAUUUCUUGGAUUGAACUCGGGCAAGAAAUCGACGGUCUGCUGCAUAGAAUGCACACAGUCUCACCAUAUAACUCUGCAGGGACACACAACUUUCACAUAAUGACUUACAAAGGAAUGGGUCGCCAAUAUCCUUCGCAUACUGUGGCAUGCCAAUGGAAUGUGUUACGCAUAUUUCGAUUGUCAGUCAAGGAAGCGGCUGCCUCUACAUACUCCGCUCUGCGUGCGACCAGGUCGAAUAGUCCAAACAGAACAGAAGCAAUUCAUGUGACCUGGGUUCCUGAGCAUCUGACUCAAAGCACAGACACCGUAGCCUUGAUCGAUGAGGUACUAGCUUCAAUGGCUUUUAUGCUGGCCAAUCUCGAGGCGCUGUCUUUGCAUUCUGUCCGGUCUAUGAUGUGGUCACUCGUCGGAGUCAGCCGCUCCACAUUUGCUCCGGAGCCUGCUAGAAUUUAUUCGAAAGCCAUAUUGAAUGUAUUACGAGCCCAUUUUCUGUCACCUAACACGCCCUUUACGGCCUCGGAGACUGAAUGGCCCUUAGUUGGUCAUGACUGGCUUCAUAUCUCGUUAAUGCCGAAUUUAAUACCUGAGUUUCCACCACAAGUAAAUUGACAGAGUCGCCUACAGGAGGAUCCAC